GAGCCAAACCCACGGCGACGGUUGGUUGCACUUUAUAUGCCCCGCUAACCGAUCUUUGCUUCCCUCACAGGUCACAGCAAAGAGACGGUGAGCAUGGCCAUGGGCGCGCACUGCUCGUGGUUGCUGAGAUCCCUCCUGCCGUCGCUGUGGGAGGCGGAGGUGGCCAUCUCCGCCGUGGCACUUCUCGCCGCCGCCGUCGCGCUGCUCCUCAUCCUCGAGGAGACCGCGUCCGCCACCUCCCCCUCCUCUCCCACGACUAAGAGCUAUGACCGAGACCGAGGGGGGCGGAGGCGGGGCAGCGCAAAGGGAAGCAGGGCGGCCGCUGAACCAGGAUGCGCCGGCGACGAGAUCACUCUUGUGGCUGACAGCUCUCGCUCUCGGAGCACCACCGCGUACGUGAUCAAGCUGGAGCUGGUGUCUGCCAAGUACCUGAUCGGCGCCAACCUGAACGGGACCGCCGAACCCUACGCCGUCAUCUCCCUCGGCGGGCAGAAGCGCUUCAGUCCCAUGGUGCCUAGCCAAAGAAAUCCCGUGUGGGGGGAGGCGUUCAGCUUCCUGGCCAGAGAACUUCCAGCUGAGGUAACCAUAACAGUUUAUGACUGGGACAAUGUAUGCAAACGCAAAGUCAUCGGAUCUGUCACUAUAGCUAUCCUCGCCGAAGACGAAACAGGAGCCGUUUGGUACGACCUGGACAGCAGAUCUGGUCAGAUCUGCUUGCGUAUUAGCUCAAAGAAAGUGUCGUCGACUUCUGACAGCUUCUUUAAGCAGUAUACCGGAGCCAAGUCCCAGAGAAAGAUGAUACUCACUAGGCAACGGUUGGCGAUGACUGAAGACAGUGGUCCUCUGCACGCUACAAUCGAGUUUCCUCAUGACGAAAUUGUUCACCACAGUUAUUCUUGUGCUCUGGAGAGGUCUUUCUUGCGGUAUGGGCGUAUGUGCAUCUCCUCAUGGCAUCUGUGCUUCCAGUCACACGUAUUCUCCAAGCAAUUAAAUGUGAUCAUUCCGUUACAAGACAUAUAUGAGAUAAGGAGGAGCCAGCACUCCCUUAUAAACCCAGCUAUUACUAUAUUUCUUCAUACCGACGCAGGUGGUCAUGGAGUAUCUCCAUUGUGCUGCCAAAAUGGAAGCGUAAGGUACAAGUUCACAUCCUUCUGGAACAGAAACCGUACAUUUCGAGCUCUAGAGACAGCGCUGCAGUGUUACCGAGCAACAUUGGAAGCCGAAAAGCAGGUGGGUGCACAUUUGCUUCUUAAAGGAGAGAGUAUGAAUGUUAUUAGCAGCAGAACAGACAACAUAAAGACAGAAAACAGAAGAAUUGGACUGACUAUCACAUUUCAACCUUUCGUCAAUGAACAUGUUCUUGUAGACAUAACCAGUAAUACCUUCCCUGGUACACCUGAGAAGUUUUUCACUGUGAUACUAGGUGAUGAUGCAAUGUUUUUCCAGCAGUACCGAAAUGCACGAAAAGAUACAGAUUUAAAGGUGUAUUUUGUCAAUUGCGCUAUUGGCAUAUCAUUUUCAUGGUCUCAAUUUUUUUUACCAAGUUGGUUGCUGCCAGCAUUAGACGACGUAACAGUCAAAUGUUUUUAUUUUCUCCAGCUGAGUAAGUGGCAUGUCUCAGAUGAGUACGGUGGAAAUGUUCGCGAAGUAACUUUCAGGUCACUAUGCCACAGUCCUUUGUGUCCUCCAGACACUGCGGUAACUGAAUUGCAGCAUGUUUUUUUCUCAAACGACAAAAGAAACCUGAUCUAUGAAACAAAGCAGCAAGCACACGAUGUCCCAUUUGGUUCUUACUUUGAGAUCCACUGCAGGUGGUCUCUAAGGACAACCUCUAGUUCAACAUGUCAAGUGGAUAUAAAGAUUGGUGUGAACAUGAAGAAGUGGUGCAUUUUGCAAUCAAAAAUAAAAUCUGGAGCAACUGAGGAGUACAGGAGAGAAGUUUGCAAGAUUUUGGAGGCUGCCAAUGAUUAUGCCGUCAAAGCUGAGUCAAAUGGGCCAAAUAGGGAAGAUAUUGUGGUGACAUCUUCAGCAUAACGAACUGCAGAAGAAAACCACCUGCAUAUUUCUGUAUACGCAUGCAUACAGGACAUAUUUGCAAAAUUUGGAGGCUGCUUGCGCUGUAACCUGAAAGCUUCGUCGAAGAGCCAAGCCAAUGAUGAUACUGUUGCAACAUGU